GAGGAGAAAGAGGAGGGAAGGGCCUAAACAAAUUUCAAAGUUUCUCUCUCUAUUUGUGUCUGCUUCAAUUUGAAGCUGUCUUUUUAAGUGCCAGUGUGUGUGUGUGCGUGUGUUUUUUUUUUCUAGAACCGUCGCCGUCCUGUGCCUAUUUUGCGUCUCUGUUUAUCUUUCUCUUCCUUUCUUUUUCACAGGCGCCCCCUCUCGAUUCUUAAACUAGGGUUUUGCUCCACCUCCACACUCUCCACCCUAGGGUUUUGCUGCCUACUAUCCCCCCGUCCAUUCUAAUUUCUAAUUUCUAGGGUUUAUCACCCCCUUCUGAUCUCCGCUCAAUGGCCGCCGCCGACAAGCUUAGGGAUUUGUCUCAGCCGAUUGAUGUUUCCUUACUCGACGCCACUGUUGCCGCCUUCUAUGGCACCGGAUCUAAAGAAGAGAGAACUGCUGCGGAUCAUAUUUUGCGGGACUUGCAAAAUAAUCCAGAUAUGUGGCUUCAAGUGGUUCACAUUCUAUCAAACACCCAGAACUUGAAUACCAAAUUUUUUGCUUUACAGGUUCUAGAAGGUGUCAUCAAAUAUAGAUGGAAUGCAUUGCCUGUUGAACAACGAGAUGGGAUGAAAAACUAUAUCUCUGAAGUUAUUGUAAAGCUGUCAAGUGAUGAAGCUUCUUUUCGUCGUGAAAGACUUUACGUCAACAAAUUAAACAUUAUAUUGGUUCAGAUUUUAAAGCAUGAAUGGCCGGCUAGGUGGCGAAGUUUCAUUCCCGAUUUAGUGGCUGCAGCGAAAACGAGUGAAACUAUUUGUGAAAAUUGCAUGGCUAUAUUGAAACUUUUAAGUGAAGAGGUGUUUGAUUUCUCAAGGGGUGAAAUGACUCAACUCAAGAUUAAAGAGCUCAAACAAUCGUUAAACAGCGAGUUUCAACUCAUUCAUGAGUUAUGCUUAUAUGUACUGUCAGCAUCUCAAAGAACUGAGCUCAUCAGGGCUACACUGGCCACACUGCAUGCUUUCCUUUCAUGGAUUCCUCUGGGCUACAUUUUUGAAUCUCCACUGCUCGAAACACUUCUUAAAUUUUUUCCUGUUCCCGCAUACCGUAAUCUCACCCUCCAAUGUUUGACUGAGGUUGCCGCUCUAAAUUUUGGGGAUUUCUACAACGUUCAAUAUGUUAAGAUGUACAACGUAUUCAUCAUGCAAUUGCAGGCCAUACUCCCACUUACCACAAAUAUACCUGAAGCUUAUGCCAAUGGUAGCAGUGAGGAGCAGGCAUUUAUCCAGAAUUUAGCGUUGUUUUUCACAUCUUUUUUCAAGUCUCACAUACGGGUGCUGGAAUCUGCCCCAGAGAAUGUUAAUACCCUGUUGAUGGGACUAGAGUAUCUCAUUAACAUCUCAUAUGUUGAUGACACUGAGGUUUUUAAGGUUUGUCUCGACUAUUGGAACUCCUUGGUCUUGGAGCUGUUUGAGGCACACCAUAAUUCGGAGAAUGCUGCAGCCACAGCAAUGAUUGGCCUGCAGCACAUGCCAAUGGGUCUUGUUGAUGGCCUUGGCUCGCAGCUUCUGCAGAGACGGCAGCUUUAUGCUGAGCCGAUGUCAAAGUUGAGAUUGCUCAUGAUCUCACGGAUGGCUAAGCCUGAAGAAGUUCUGAUUGUUGAAGAUGAAAAUGGGAACAUUGUUCGUGAAACUAUGAAGGAUAAUGAUGUCCUUGUUCAAUAUAAGAUCAUGCGAGAAACCUUGAUAUACUUAUCGCAUCUGGAUCAUGAAGACACUGAAAAGCAGAUGCUGAGGAAGUUAAAUAAACAGCUGAAUGGUGAGGAUUGGACGUGGAACAACCUAAAUACCUUGUGCUGGGCAAUAGGAUCUAUAUCAGGAUCAAUGAUGGAGGAACAGGAAAACAGAUUUCUUGUGAUGGUGAUACGUGAUUUGUUAAACCUUUGUGAGAUUACAAAAGGCAAAGACAACAAAGCAGUUAUUGCAAGUAAUAUAAUGUAUGUGGUUGGUCAGUAUCCAAGAUUUCUGAGGGCUCAUUGGAAGUUUCUGAAAACUGUUGUGAAUAAGUUGUUUGAGUUCAUGCACGAGACACAUCCUGGAGUUCAGGACAUGGCCUGUGACACUUUCCUGAAAAUUGUUCAGAAAUGCAAGCGGAAAUUUGUUAUCCUCCAGCUUGGAGAAAGUGAACCAUUUGUCUCUGAACUUUUGACUACUCUUCCAACAACAAUUGCUGAUCUUCAGCCCCAUCAGAUUCAUACCUUUUAUGAAUCUGUUGGUCAUAUGAUUCAAGCUGAACCUGACCCUCAGAAGAGGGAUGAAUACUUGCAGCGGCUGAUGGAGCUUCCUAAUCAGAGAUGGAAUGAAAUUAUUGGACAAGCUCGUCAAAGUGUGGACUUCUUGAAAGAUCAAGAUAUUAUAAGGGCAGUUCUCAACAUAUUGCAGACAAAUACUAGUGUUGCCAGUUCCCUUGGAACCUACUUCUUGUCGCAGAUUUCUCUUAUCUUUCUGGACAUGCUUAAUGUGUACAGAAUGUAUAGUGAGCUUAUAUCCACAAGCCUUGCGCAAGGAGGACCAUAUGCUUAUAGAACAUCCAUAGUGAAACUCUUGCGCUCGGUAAAGCGGGAAACGCUUAAACUCAUAGAGACAUUCUUAGAUAAGUCCGAAGAUCAACCACAGAUAGGAAAACAAUUUGUGCCCCCGAUGAUGGACCCAAUUCUUGGUGAUUAUGCCCGGAAUUUGCCUGAUGCUAGAGAAUCAGAAGUUCUCUCUCUUUUUGCCACUAUAAUAAACAAGUACAAGGGUGCGAUGAUAGAAGAUGUUCCUCGAAUAUUUGAAGCUGUUUUUCAGUGUACGUUGGAGAUGAUCACAAAGAAUUUUGAAGAUUAUCCUGAACAUCGCCUAAAAUUUUUUUCGUUGCUUCGUGCCAUUGCUACGCACUAUAGUGAUCAGCUGAUUUCUUAG